ACAAAAUUCAUGAAAUUCAUUCAUUCAUAACCUUUUUUAGAGUUUGACUUUGAUUCCAAAAGCAAGUGAUUUUAAAAUAUUCAGUUAAAAAUCAAACAUUAUGAGUGUACCACUACCCCCUGGAACUGGAAUCGAAAAUAUUGAUGGAGAACAAAUCAAAACGUUAAAGGAUUUUCUUAUAUCAUACAAUAAACUGAGCGAAUUCUGUUUUACCGAUUGUAUAAAUGAUUUUACAGCGAGAACUAUAAAACCUAAAGAAGAAAAAUGUGCACUUAAUUGCAUGGAGAAGUUUCUUAAAGUAAACCAAAGGAUAACUCAGCGUUUCCAAGAGUUUCAAGUUCUAGCAAAUGAAAGUGCCAUGGCUGCAGCACAGAAAUUGGAAAAGGGAGCAGGUUAAUCAUAUAUAUUAGAAUUUAUAUAAAAAUUUAUAUUACGUUGUAGUUAAUACUUGUUUGUUUUUUUAAUAAAUUAGAAUAUC